AGAGGGGUAAAAACCCACAACAAAGUCUUAGUGAGGAGAGGGUGCGGGGCAUGGAGGACACGUCUGUCUGGGGACAGGGGGCAAGUGAAGUCAGGCAAGAAGGGAAGGGCGAGAGAGGAUGCAUUUUGGGCGUGUGACAGUUAGCUGUCAUAGACUAUGCAACAGCCUUGAUAUCCCCAUCCAGCCUUGUCUCAUCCCCACCACCCCACCUCCUCCACACACAUACACAGCUAAUCAGUAAAUCUGCUCGCGUGACGUUUGCCACAGUUUCGUCCCUGUGCUCACCUACACCGACAGUCGUGACAACGUCCUUCAAGUCACACCUGAGUUGUCCGUAGUGCCUCUAGUUUAACAAUUCCUCUUCUUGCUCCUCCCCACCACUCUUUCCUCCCACUUCCCGACACUCCAACUGUCGUUUGGAUUCUCUCUCUCUCUCUGGUGAAUUCAGUGUGACACAAGCAAUUCUCCCUCACACAUCUCCUCCCAUCCAUAAAAAUUCCUGUGCGUCCGUUUCUCCGGCAGCCCUAAACUCUCGAGUGAAAACAGGUACGUGACAUCUCGUCACACCCGCCUGCCUCUUAAGCUUCCACUGGCACAUUCGUGACGCUCACCUAGGAUUUUAAGUUUGUUUGUUGAAGUCACCCGAAUACAGUUACAUGCGUGGACGGUUUGGCGAAAUUCUGGAGGACAGUUUCAGUGUUGGGUGAGAAAUAGGUCGUCCUAUGAGUUCUGUUUGUGUGAUGACUGUGAAAUGAAGAACAUCCAUUCAAUCUGGAAACUUUUGUCAGUAGUAAAAUCGUCGCCAUCUUCAAGUUUGUAGGCAAGGAACCUUAUUCAGUCCACUAUGAUAACAAAUUUCAGCUGAUUGUGAAGAAUGUUAUGCAAUGUGGCAUUUACAAUUAUUUUGUUCUUCCAUCAAAAGACACAUAAAUGUAAGAACAGCUAGGUUGGCUGCUUAGCUUCCGACACAGAAAGAGUUAAGGAAAGAAAAUAUUUGGGAUAGUGUAUCUGCUGUUGGAACUCUUUCGCUCACCCGCUCGAUGAUCACCUUGAAUGAAUUUCAAACUAGUAUCGUUAGUCAUUCCACAGGAGAGGUUGGGUGACACAAAAGGUUGUUCCACAGAGAACAGCCAGGGCUGAGUACAUAUGUCAAACAUGAGAAGGGACAAUUGCUAUCACAACGGUAAGAAACUGUGGAGGGUGACCAAGAUGAAAGCCUUUAUAAUAAUGGUCAAACUGAUGGUGCUGUGUGGACUGAUUGACGCCAAGGUGAAGCUGGUGGACAACGGAUUCGAGGGGAUAGUUGUGGCCAUUAACCCUUACCUCAAACAGGAGGAGGCCAUGCUGCGCCGACUGGAGACCUACCUUACCGACACAUCCAAAGUGCUUUUCCGUGCAACAAGAAACCAGCUGUAUUUCCGAGAGUUUAUCAUUGUCAUUCCAGAGACGUGGAAGGCGCUUCAUUACUACGAGAACGCACUCGACAUUCAGCUUGAUCGAGCACAGAUUAUAAUUGACCAUGCAAACCCGGCAUAUGGCGACGCCCCUUACGUCAAGCAGUACGCAGAAUGCGGUCAGCCUGGACUCUACAUCCACCUGACGCCAUCUUACCUGUUAGAUGAUGACGUCAUUCACAAGUGGGGUCAGCCUCAAAAAACUCUGGUGCACGAGUGGGCUCACCUGCGGUGGGGACUGUUUGACGAAUACCCCAUUGAUGCACAGGACGCCGAGUUCUACCGCUACAAUGGAGUGUGGGAGCCGACACGAUGCACAACAGAAGUCGAAGGAUCGAUUCUGAACCAGUUUACCAGCAAGCAGUGUUCUUUCGACUAUUUCACAGGGAAGCCAGAAGGUGCCUGUCGGUUCUUCCCUCGAAUGAAGUCGAACAAAGCCGUCAGCUCCCUGAUGUUCAUGCAGUACCUCGAGAGUAUCGUGGAGUUUUGUGAUGACCCCGUCCUGUCCCCACAACCACUACGUCAUAAUUACCUGGCGCCUAACAGGCAAAACCGUCUGUGUGCCUACAGAAGCGCAUGGGAGGUCAUGCGAAAACACUCAGAUUUCAGAAAAGCAGCUUCUCACCCGCUGCCAGAGGACACCGACACGACCCCGAAGUUCCGGUACGUCCAGGUCCAGCCACGGAAGCGCGCCCUGGUCCUCGACACCUCUGGAAGUAUGACGGGGUCUUCGCUGAGCGUUAUGAUGCGAGCAGCAAGCAAUUACAUCCUGAGCUGUAUUGAGACCGGAAGCCGGCUGGGCAUUGUACAGUUUAACACUAACGCCACCAUCUUGUCUCCGCUGGUGCAGAUCAACUCCGAGGCUGAUCGACAGACGCUCAUCAAAUCAUUGCCCCGACAAGCAGACGGCAAAACCAGCAUUGGAGCCGGCCUUGAGAAAGGUUUACAGCUCUUGGACUCGCACGAAGACUCCAAGGCUGGAGGCACCAUCAUUCUCAUUACGGACGGCAAGGAGAACGAGCGGCCAUUCCUGGCCGACUUCCACCACGAGCUGCAGGCCAAGGGUGUGGUGGUUCACUCCCUUGCCUAUGGCCAGCGUGCCGAGCAGUCCAUCGCCCAGCUGUCCAAAGACACCGGCGGCAAGACCUUCUUUUACAGCGGCCGCAAGGAUUCCACGGCCUUCAUUGAUGGCCUUGCCGCCACUGUCGUGUCUGAGGGAUCCAUUCGUAAACCGGAAGUCGCUCUUCCUCUUCUGACUGAGGCUGGAACAGUGUUCGGCGGUUCCUCCCUAAGCGGCGAAUUCUACGUGGACUCCUCUGUGGGGCGGGACACGUCACUCAUGGUCAGCUACAGCCACCCGGUCAACGUCUCCAUCGCCGGGCCCAAUGACGUAGAGAUAGCACGUGACACGCACCCCGAGCACUAUCAAAUGGACGAGUUUUCUGGUGUUUUGAAAAUUCACUUGUCCGGUCUAAUCGAGUCUGGCACGUGGGUGUACAACAUCAGUACCAACGAGCCUCAGUCAAACGUUUUGGUGAGCGUGCAAUCCAAGCCGCGCGAUCUCGGAAGUGACGUAGUGCACGUGACCUCAUGGCUGCCGGAAGAGACGAGCAUCAUCUUCGACCCGACGCAGAAGCUGGGCGUGUAUGCUGAGGUGGCGCGCGGAAGUGCUCCGGUUCUGGGAGCAGAGGUGGUGGCCAUCGUCGAGCGACCGCAGUCUGUGUCGCUUCAGAUUCCACUGCGUGACAACGGGAUCGGUUCUGACGUAAUCAAAAACGACGGCGUGUACUCUGCCUACGUCAUGGCGCGAGACAUGAUGGGAGACGGCCGCUACAACAUCAAGAUCAAAGCUACGGGCUUGCAGGGGGAGACAAAAGUUGUUGUUGGCGGAAGCGGGCCGUGGAGUCAGGCCCUGGAAGUGACAUCAUCAGGUCAGAGGUCAGAGCUGCAGACUAGGAACUUGGAGCGCUUUCAGCGAGUGACGGCAGCGGGCGAGUUCCGGGUGACAGGUUUCCCGGAGACUUUCAGUGAAAUUCCAGAUAACAUAGCACCGUCUCGCAUCACUGACCUCCACAUCAGUUUGUUUGACCCGGGUGAGGGCAAGGCCGUCCUGGAGUGGACCGCAGUGGGCGACGACAUGGACCGUGGGAAAGCAUCCAGGUACACGAUCCACCUGUCCAGUAAAUUUGACCAGCUGCUCGCCUCUAACGCGAAUGAAUCUGUGUGGACGGAUGUAGACGACCAACUACUGUGGAACCUGUCGAACCCACAGCCAGCGGGCCAGCGGGAAAGCAUGGUUGUCUCCCUCCGGCAGCUGCGCGAUAACGAAACGAUCUUCAUGGGGGUGCGGGCAACCGACGACAGCGACAACAGCGGCGACCUCUCCAAUGUCGUGACGGUGUCGAGGGCGCUGGAGCUGGCCGUGCCCAUCGAGCACGCUCCGCCAGGCCACGGUGUGCCUUUCUACCUCAAACUGCUCCUUCCUCCCGUCUUCAUGCUGAUCAUCUUCCUCUGCCUCAUUCUGGUGCUGGCCUGGACCAGGCGAAACCGGAAGCUGGACUGCGACGACGACCAGGAGGCUGAAAUGGCGGCUAGCAUCUUCUCGCUGGAUCUGACGACUAUGAACUAUAGGAGUGAGGGGCAGUACCGUCAGCGACACCUGGAGGACGUGGAGACGUGGAGUCGUGACAGCCUUGGCUCCAGCAGGGAAAGCCUCAACAUGCCACGAUAACCGUUAAAUGUGAACCCUGACUACAGUGAACCAGUAUCAAUACUAAACAACACCAAGACAUGUGUACAGGAACCUUGACUUACGAACACCAAAUUCUACAGACAGCUUUAAUAUUAAUAAGCCGAGAAGAUGACUGAACAAGACUGUUUUGUUUUUUAUGUUUGUAUUUUUGUUUUUUCGAAAAAGGAAAAGCAAAAACGAACAUUCCCAUGCAUGAAUGCACCAAAGAAACUUUAUGUCCGGGGUUAACGUUGGGAGGAGUAGGGCAAGAGAUGGCGAUGGUGUUGCUCUGGAUCUUUUCUCUUUCUGCCCCACGUUGAUCCACCCUCACCCCAAAAACAAGCAGUCGUGUACUUGGACAAAAGAUGCUGCGAAUGAGACUUGAAACAGUUCGGGUACAAAUAUCGACAUUGGACAAUUUUCGUUCACUCAAUUUCUGUGGUCGUUUGAUUACAGCCAGUCCGAAACCCCAUCUUAGUCUUUUCUAGGACUGAGGUACGACGAGGUCAUAUUUGUGAAUUGACUGAUGAAACUUUCAUCUUUCUCCUCGUCUGAAAAAUUAUGCUGAAAGCAAAAUAAAAUUUGUGACGAUAGUGCUAUGCAUACUUAAAGCAGUGCAUAGCUAGAAUCGAAUUAAGUACAAAUGUCCAGCUUUUACAGUUAAGCAGACAUUUAUUUUUGUAGUUGCAUCCUUUGUGUGCAUUAUAGUUUAACAAUACACAGUUUAUCUGUUAAAAUGUUUUAAAUGUGUUUUUAAAAUAUUACACAGGGUUUGGCAAUUUAAAACCAGCAAGAAAAUGAUGAUUUGUGAUGAGAGAAAAUGUUAAACUGCGAGAAGGAAUGAUGAAUUAAGAGGAUGAACACACAAAACAGUCGGCAAGGUAACAAACCUGAAACAGAACAGAACAAUAAUUGCUUUCAGGAUAUUGACUUAUUUGAUAUACCAUCUCAACGGACUACGUGCGGGCAGGUCACCCCAUCAUAUUUACAUGUACAGACCAAUGUGUGAAAAUGCAUAACUGCAUACUAGAUAAAUCCAAAUGGUAAUAACAGGAGAACAUUGCGGGAUCUGAUAAAGUUCUCCUUGUAAAUAAAGCUGUUUGGUUUAUUACGCA